CUCAUACAGUCUGAUACAGAUGUGUAAUAGCGUGAUAUGCUCUCACAGUAGUGGAUUUAGAUUCAGUAUGUCUCCACUGUUCUUGGUCUGUUCAGAAGAGCGAGGCUCUUGUGGCAUGACGACGACUAACAAAGGAAAUAAAGCCUUGAAGGUGAAGCGCGAGCCGGGCGAGAAUGGCACCAGCCUCACAGACGAGGAGCUGGUGACCAUGUCGGUGCGGGAGCUGAACCAGCACCUGCGAGGGCUCUCCAAAGAAGAGAUCCUGCAACUGAAACAGCGGAGGCGCACCCUGAAGAACCGGGGCUACGCCGCCAGCUGCCGGGUGAAGAGAGUCACCCAGAAGGAGGAGCUGGAGAAGCAGAAGGCCCAGUUGCAGCAGGAGGUGGACAAACUGGCCAAUGAGAAUGCGUCGAUGCGCGUAGAGCUGGACGCUCUGAGGUCUAAGUACGAGGCGUUGCAGACCUUCGCCAGGACUGUGGCACGGAGCCCCACUGUCGGGGUCGGGGUCAGGGCUGGAGGGGGAGGAGGGGGAGGCGGGGUGGCAUCAUCGGUCAUCGGCCCACUCAUACCGGGGAAGGUGGCGACGGCAACGAGCGUGAUUACAAUAGUGAAGUCAAAAACAGAUGCACGGUCUUGAGGGAAGGGAAGAUAGAUGAGGUGUAUCAGGAUGGAGCUGAGCUGCACCAGACUAAUUCUUCUCUGCUGGCCUCCCUCUCCUCCACCUGCGCUGACUUCAGACAGCUGGGCAGUCUCACUACAUCGCCUCAGCAUGUUCCUGUCACCCGUCUCACAGCAGUGCAGAUGAAGGAAAAAAAUGGAAGCAGAGGAGGAUUAUUGAGUCUAUAAACAGGCGAGCCCUUGGUCAAGGUUACACAGGGUUCCUAUUGUCACUGAAAGCCAGGAAACAUCAAAGAAUUUGAGAAACGUCACAAAACAAAUCUAGAAAAAUGCACAAAAUUCGUCUGAAAAAAUCUUUGUUUAGUUUUCGUUUAAAUGAGCCAAAUUUCCUGUGUUGAAUUUUACUGCUGGUUGUUUGCCCAAGUUUGGGCAUUAAAAUUAGGUGCAUAAACUGUAAUACAUGUACUUCAUGUGGAUUAAAGAUUAGUUAUAUAGAAGUUAUUGGAUUUGAUUCACACAAGAUUUGACCUGCUGGGUUCAGUGGCUGCAGAGAAGCUCCAUCUUGUUCCACCUCGCCAAGAACUUUUUCAGAAAAGUACUAUAGAAAAAUAUAUAUUAUACAAUGGUGGUAACUGUAUUUCUACUGUUUUGUACUGUGUUGUCAUUCACAUGAGGUCCAAGGUGUAUUCUCUGUGUGUGAAUUGUUAUAUAUCAGGAAUUCUGUGAAAUUCUGUGGCGCGUGUUCGUUUUUGUAUCGCUAUAUUUAGUUAGCUGUAUUUUUUUCUACGGUCUCUUCACUUUCGAUGUCUCGCUUUCUCUUAACCUUAUCCUUUCUCUGUCCUUCCAUUUUUUUCAAUUCCAACUGGCUUCCUUUAUUACAUACUGUACUUCCUGGACUUUACAGAGAGACGGGGAAAAGGCAAUUGAUAAUUACCAAAAAAAAACAACCAUGCAGCAUAUUAUGGGAAAAAAGAGACAAAGUUAUUCAAGUUACUGACCUUAGUUUAGUGUGUGAGAAUUUUCAGGGAAAUGGUCGUUUGAACACCAGAGCUGUAUGAAGAUAAACGUUGUCUUCUGUCUGUUUGAGUUCUGCUCAAAAGUUUAUUCAUAAAAAUUUGGAAGGGCAAGUGCCUUGGUCUCCUAAUUAUAUGCACCAAGAAGAAGUCAAGAGGACAUGAGGAAUUGUGGAAGGAUGGUGGAGAUUCGGUGCAGGUGUUUACCUGUGCUUCAUCGCAAACACUGACCCACCAGGAACCCGUUCGUAGCAGCAUUUAACUCUCGCUGUGCGUUGUUGUAUGAGCUGUGUAGUCGCCAUCAGGAUUAAUAGUAUCGAUAACACUCAUUUAUGUGACUUGGCAGUUCACUUACUUAAAAAAACAAAAGGAUGUGCAAAAUAGGAGCAUCUAUUUAUUCUCAUUUGUAUGUGCAGACAUGGAAAGUUGAUGUUCAGUUAUGAGAAAAAAAAAAGUCCAUAUGUCUGUUUGAUGUUAACUGUGUGGUUCACAUGUAACCAAUUUGAUUGGCUGCUGACUCAAAAAAUGUAGGUUAUUACGCCUACAGUUCAAAUCAGAGCAGUUCAUGUUGCAUUCCUUUUGCUUUUAAUCACAAGAUGUGAUCACUGACAGUGUGUUCAACAAAGAUAUUUCUCUGAAUUUCCAGUCACACAAAUGGGCUGUCAUUUCACGCGGGCUUUACCAUAAAAGUAGUCUUGUGUGGUGUUCUGUACUCAAAGAAUCUUUGUCUAUGUAUGGUGGAGUCUGGAAUUUUAUAAAGACAAUUAUCUUUGCAUUGUUUGUAACGACAUGUAAAAAAAGGUAUAACGAAAUCUGUUUGAUAUACAGUAUCUCUCUAUUUUGCAAUUGUACCAAAAGUGGCUUAACUACUGAAUAGCUUUGUUUUUCUCUAGUGACUAGGCACGUGUGUGUAACCGUGAACUAGCGUGUGGUGUGCUGUGUAGGUAUGUGACGAGGUAAUAUAACGUUCACUAUUUCAUGGAUAUGACUUUGAUCCGCGUUUGAUUUCAGGCCGAAGCGGGUGAUGACACAGUUGGUAACUGCACUCUUUCUCUAAUCAUAAAAUCUUUGUCCUCCCGGCCCCAUCACUCAGCUCCAGCGCGGCAGACGUGUUAGAUCGUUUGUUAAACUGCACUUAUGAGUUAUGUAUUUGAAGAAGUUCACUUCGGCUGACCCAUUUUACAUGCUUCUGAACAGGCCUUUGUGUCUUUAUUUCGGCCCUUGCGUUGUUCACGGCUCGUUGUUGCAGAGAAAAUGACCGAUGCGAUGAGGAAGCGUUUCGGUUAAUGUCACAGGCGUCGUCGUUUUGUGUUUUCAGGUCAUCCGGCAAGGUGACCAGAGAUGGGAAACUCAACCACAGGCCUUCAUGGCUUCAUCACACCCACUCCCAUAACUUAUUUUUGUAGUGUGUGAUAAAGAUAUUUUGUUUUUUGCUGUGUAUAUUUAAUGUUGUUCAUGUUGUAUUUGUUUUUAAGCUCUUCUGGAAGUGUCAGGGAAGUGAAAUAACAUUUGUAUAUGGUGUUUUAUGAAGUGAAAAAAAAAUCUAUUCUGUUAUUUAACGGUCUGUCUGUCUGUCUGUCUGUCUGUCAGAGGGAGGUUUACCUAGGAGUACAAUUGCCUCAAACAUUUUUUAACCUGAUUUAAAGCUAAUCAUUUACUGAAAUAGAAGCAAUUUGCAUAAUAAAAGCAUUGCGUACAUGCAGCCUUUUACCUGAACCGCUACUUCUCCACUGUGAAGAAAAAUGGGUUAGCUAGCCUACUGCUGUGCAGUUUCUACAAUUAGUAAGGUGUUGUCAUCUCUACAGAACAUUGAUAUAAAAUAGAAUUUGAACAAGCAUGGGUAGAUAAGUGGGUUUGAGAAUUAAAACUAUUGUUUGUCUGUAAUCUUUAAAUUGGUAAUUGUUUAGUCAAACCAGAGAACUUCACAUGACUUAUCACAGGAAUAUAUUCAGAGGUAUUCAGCUACAAGCAAAUUUAAAUAUUACACCCAGUAUAUUUAUGUGUUUUCUCCAUAUUUAAAAAAAAAACAAAAACAUGCCCUGUUUUGUACAGGCUGAAUGCCAUUAUUUGAUUAUCUGUUGUUUUUUUUUUUUGUUUUUUUUUUAAAUCUAUUCUUUCUCUCUGUCACUCUGUUGCUUCCUGUCUGUUUCCUCGUUGAAAGAUGUUUUUUCUGUUGUUCACUGGCAGGUCCUGUGUGGUUGCGUAGAUAUAAAAUAGGAAGAAACACGACUUGUGUUGAGGCUAGGUUGUGUCAAACUGUACGACUGUUUGUGCCACUGUCGAACAAUAUGUUUAAUCCUACUCUGUAUUUUUUAUGCUCCUCUACUUUAAAAGAAAAAAAAAAAAGGGAUGCAUACUGUGUAAACGUAAAUGUGUCAACAUGGUGGCUGCUGUUAAAUAGACAUAUCUAAUUAUGCAAACUGUGUAGGGCAAAAUUAGAACUCCUGCCGCACAGGAGCAGUGAUGCUAUUGUAGUCGUUUUGUCAAGUUGUCUGUUUUAUAAUUGCAGGUACAAUGUGAUGUGACAAGGUUACAGAGCUAAUAUACAGUGUGUUUAGCAUUUUACGCUCGGUUGUAAAUGCCAGUGCCAGUUUGCCUCUGUUUAAAUUUGGCUUAUGUGUUGUGGCUUACCCAGUUUCACUCAACAGUCAACUGUGAAAACGUGACAUCAUCCACUAUUUUUAGUUUCAUCCAUUUCUGACUGAAUGCAAAAUGCAAUGUAGCUGUCACGUAAGGCCUCCAGUCGAGCGGAAGAAUUGUGAUUUUUGUCUUCCAGACUUUUUUCGCGGUGUGAAGUGGCGUGUAAACAAAUGAGGCUAAAUAUUACAGAAGUUUAAUCCUGAUUUUCACUCAGCAGACACGGAUCAGCUGACAGCGCUGACCUUCAGUGAUGAUCAGACAGGGCAGCUCGGUGGCUUUCCAUAACACACUUUACGAGCUUUAAGACACGCUGACCUUAUUUUCCGCAGCCUGUACAGGGGUCAUACCCUCCAUAUGAUAAGGCAUUUCAUCACAAACCCGAGCAACCACUUAAACCGCGUCCAUAAAUAUUUUACAGAGGCAGAAGGAGUGGUGGAGACACGUCGGAUAAAACCCACUUAACUUGUCCUAUCGCUUUUUACAAAUGGUCUGUGAGUUAAUUCAGCAGCCUACCAGGCCCGUCCUCACAACACCUUCUAGAAGAUGCAAAUCAUUAACUCCUUAUCUUGCUGCUUGGCCAAUCGGUAUGCAGCAGUUCAGCUGUUUUCCUGUCUAGUGAAUCACGCCACUGGACUCUAAAAGCCCUUUCACCCGCCACUGAUCCAGAUCGAUGAGAGUAAAUGAACCGAGAAUUCCUUUGAUCGUUUGUUUGGUGUUUUCAUCAAUAAUAAUGUUAGUUUUGCCUCCCAAGUUACCCCAUCUGCUGCUGCCUCUGCCCCCCCCCCCGCAUCUGCUGUACGACGUCUAAUGAUAAAAAAGCUCACACAGAGUUCAGGUAUCACAUCACUUAAGCUGAUUUUUUUUGUUGUUGUUGUGACAGUCUCCCUCUUUCAUUUUACUCUUGAUGACAUUAUUUUUUGUCAAACCACCUUGUCUACUGGUGAGCAUUCAGCCAGGUUGCUCAUGAGAGCUGGGAUUUCUUUCUUUGUGUUUCUCAAAGUAUAUAAUGGUCAGUUUAAAGCUAUAGAAAAGUAGUGAGUUUGUGUGAAUAUGGCGUAACCUAUUCAGAAAAGCCCUUGUAAUAGGAAAUUCUGUGUUUUGUAAUAUUUCUGUAUGGGGUGUAAUAAAUUAUUCUACGACAGUACUUUCUAUGGGAAAAUACUUAAAAUGUGACAGUCUUUGUAAGUAUUUAUCUUCAACUAAAUUAUUGUUCUUUUUUUUUUUUUCUUUCUUUUUUUUUGCAAUUUGUAGAUAGUGAUGAUGACAAGGUAUUGGUAAUCAUGAAAUUAACUGUUUCAUCAUCGGUCCGAUGCAUCUUUUAAUUUAUUGAUGUAUAUACUGUACGUUUGUUGAUAAACAGCUUACUUUAUUUUGUAUAUGACCAAUAAACAUGUUUUAAAAUGGAA